UGACGUGACGGGAAGGUGUGUUUCCGGAAGACGUGGCUGUAGCUGCAGUCAGCUGCUGUUCAUCAUCAUCUCUCUCUAACUCUCUGCUACUCUCACCUUUAUCUCCUUAUUCAUCCACUCCUGUUCACCCGGCGUCAGGAUGAUCUCUCUAACGGACUCCCAGAAGAUUGGAAUGGGAUUAACAGGCUUCGGCGUGUUUUUCCUCUUCUUCGGGAUGAUCCUGUUCUUUGAUAAAGCACUCCUGGCUAUUGGAAAUAUCCUGUUUGUUGCUGGACUUUCCUUUGUCAUCGGGCUGGAGAGGACGUUCCGCUUCUUCUUCCAGAAGCACAAGAUGAAGGCCACCAGUUUCUUCCUGGGAGGUGUAUUGGUGGUGCUGAUUGGCUGGCCCAUCAUCGGAGUCGUGCUGGAGAUCUACGGCUUUUUCCUCUUGUUCAGGGGUUUCUUCCCAGUCGUUGUGGGCUUCAUCAGAAGAAUACCGGUCCUCGGCUCCAUCCUAAACCUGCCCUUCAUCAGUGCAUACGUGGACAAAGUGGGCGAGAGCAACACCAUGGUAUAACAGAGACUUUUUAUACCCAGAGAAGCAGGUUUUUUCUAAAGCAACACAAUCUUCCAUCGGGGCUGAUUGGAAAGCAGCUUAAGGUUACAUAUUCAGAUUCCUCCUCUCCCCCCACCCCCUCCAUCUCCACCUCCAGCAGGCAAAGACUUUCUGUCUGUCUGCAAUAUUUCACCGGUCAGUGCUGCUAAUCAAAGGUUCAGCAGAGCGUCGCACCACCGGUCUGUUACUACAGGGUGGAGUCACUGAGGUCACUACGAUAUAUACUUCAAUGUUAUUGAUCGCCGUCACCUUCGAGUGCAUCUGGUCAUGAAAACGAAGGACUGGAAAGAAGGACAACUCCCUGUAAAGCACCAUUGACUCCGUCUACGUGACUUUCUUACUCUGUGGAACAAACCGCUGAUCCUCCACGAGGGAUGACAAGUGGACGGACGGCUUGUUGCCACGUUUCUGUGCCUGUGCUUUCACUUUAUUUGGACGCCAUUUUUGUCUCUUUGUCAGAUAUUCUGUGUUUAGUUUUUGUCCCACAGCUAUUUGAAUACCAAGUGUGGCUAUUUUCAUUUUCCCCCUUUGUUACAUUUGUUUACGGUUGGCUAACUUCAGUAUAAAUUAUUUUUAAGUUCAUGUGUAGUGAGGUGCUUUGGGAUCAUGCUAGUAUUUGUUACUAUUGUUAUUAAAGUCUGGUCACACCAGAAAGUGGCAACACCACCUCAUGUUACGAUGACACGUUGGACGGUGACGUUCAUCCAGGUGGUGCUGGAAGCUUGGUAAUGUAGUGACUACUUAAUAAGGCUAGCCAUUGGUUUUUAUUUAAUUUAAUGAACUACUAGCAGAGACUUGAAAUGUGCUGCUUACAGUAUAUCUAGUCCAGGGGUCAGCAACCUUUACGAUCAAAAGAGACAUUAUAGGCAAAAAAUAAAUAAAUAAUAAUCUGUCUGGAGCCGCAAAA